UGACUCAACCAAAGGAUGCAUGGCUUUGAAUGAGAUUAAGGAUGGUAUUAUUGCUGGAUUCCAAUGGGCUACUAGAGAGAGUGUAUUUUGUGAGGAGAACAUGAGAGGUGUUAGAUUUGAUUUGAUUGAUGCUUUUAUACAUUGUGAUCCAAUGCAUCGUGGUGGGGGUCAGAUAAUACCAGCAGCACGUCGCUCCAUUUACUCAUCAGUACUGACAGCUAAACCACAACUUAUGGAACCAGUGUACAGUGUAGAAAUACAGUGUCCUGAUAGUGUUAUUGGUAGCAUUUAUUCUGUUCUUAAUCGUCGGAGAGGACACAUUUUUGAGGAAUGUCCACUAGCUGGUACAUCAAUGUUUGUUGUGAAAGCUUAUCUACCUGUUAAUGAAUCCUUUGGAUUCACUGGUGAUCUUCGUGGCAGCACUGAAGGUCAAACAUUCCCACAGUGUGUGUUUGAUCAUUGGCAGCUAUUGCCUGGUGAUCCUUUGGACAGCAAGUCAAUGGCUGGAUCUGUUGUAGUGGAAACAAGAAAAAGGAAAGGACUAGCUGAAACCGUUCCUUCACUGGACAAGUACUUGGAUAAACUUUGAAAAUAUUUUUGCUGCAUAAAACUGGUUGUUACUUACAUUUGUGUGCAUUCAGUUUUAGAUCUCAGUGAAUUUAAAUAAAAAAAU